AUGCCCGAAAAGUCGAUGAUCUUGCGCCGCAGAGAGGCUAAUCGUCUGGCAGCCCAGCGUUUCCGUAAUCGCAAGAAGGGCUACCAGGACAGCCUCGAGGAGCGGGUACGUUCGCUCGAGCAAGAGCGUGACGAUCUUAUCGAGCGCUUGGAAACGGCAGAGGCGGCGGCAAUGAGCCGCGAUUCGCAUACGGUGUGGCCCACACCUUCCGCAAAGCACCGCCGGUCAGGUACCGGAACUUCUGCAGCGUUCUUUAGUCGUAAAGGAGGAAGUGGCACUUUUCCACCUCCCUCUCCUGACGAAAGUCUGCGGCUGAGCGGCGUCGAGGCGGCCAACCGCCGUCUGCAGGACGAGAAUAAGUGGCUGCAAGAGGAUAACGCUCGCCUUCAGGAGAUGCUUGACCGCUGGGUGGAGUGGGGCCGAGGCCAGCCUCGCUCCAGAAGCUACGACGCGCCUUACGAUCCUCCGUACGACGACAGUCGCUAUCACCACCCUCAUCCGCCACCUCCGCCGGCGUCGAAUCAUGGGCCCGUCCCGCCAACGUACGCUGGACGCACGUCGCACUCUGUUCCGCCCUACUCGCACGUUUCGCCGAACCCUCAACCAUCACCGGUACACUCCCCACCGUCGUCGUACUCCCACCACCACCCGUACGGUCCACCUCCUCCUGGCCGACCAGCAAUGGACCGGCAAUCGAGUUCUGGGUCGCACGCGGGAUCGUAUACUCCUAGAGGGACUGGAACCGGCCUUACCUUGCCGCCAUUGCGACUGGCUUCGCGCUCUCCUUCGGGGCAGGUCUACACAUCCUCAUCCGCCGGACGCCCACCUAGUCGUGACCUCGAGACCCUGCCUCCGGUCGCACCUCAGCGGGUUCAUCCGUGGCCCGCCUCCCCCCGCCAGCAGCACCACGAUGUGCGGAGGUAA